CCAAAAAGAAGUUGUUUGCGUCACAUGUCAUGAAUUCGUCACAUGACUGUCCCAGGGGGCAAACACAACAGGAAGAGUUUUCUCUUCGUUGUUGUUGUAUACAUUUUAUUACGUUCAGAAUAUGACAGAGGAGCACACUGGACAUAAGUUAGGUUGACUCCGUUCUCGCGGGUUGAAGGCUUUGUUUCACGGCGGCACGCGCUGUUGUCUUGCAAGACAAACCCGAAGUCCAGUACAAAUUUGCCCGAUUGAAGAUAAUCUUGAUUAUUCACCGAGGGUCAGAGGUCACCAUGGGCUCGGCAGUAGAGAGGACAGACGAACACGUGAGAGAGUACCUGAUGUACCGCGGCUUCACCAGCACCAUGAAGCACCUGGACACCGAGAUCAAAGCCGACAAGGAGAAAGGCUUCAGGGUGGAUAAGAUCAUCGAUCAGCUGCAGCAGUUUGUCCUGAACUUUGACCUGUUUGGUCUGAAGGAGUACUGGCUCUACCUGGACAGACGUCUGUUCUGCAGACUGGAGGAUGUUUACAGGUCCACGGUCAACAAACUGAGAACCAGCCUGUACAGAUACUACGUCAUCAACACCAUCCAGAAAGGAAACCUGGAGAAGACUCAGGAGUUUUUCCAGAAGCAGGCGUUGGAGCUGCAGAGUCAGGUCGAGUGGCGGGAUUGGUUCAUCCUGCCGUUUAUCCCCACCCCCGAACAGAACCCCGCCUUCUCGCCGUACUUCUCCCGCCAGUGGUCCGACACCUUCCUGGUUUCACUGCACAACUUCCUGUCAGUGCUCUUCCAGUGCAUGCCCCAACCGGUCCUGCUGAGUUUUGAUGCUGAAGUCCAGAAGAUGACGAGCCUGACAGAAGAAAACGAACAGCUCCGCCAGCUGCUGUUUGUCCUGCAGACAGAGAGCCGGGACCAGAGAGAGGGAGACGUGAUGGUCCACCACAAGCUGCCGGUCUACGUCCAAAACAUGGACCGUCUGGGAGACACUGAGCUGGACUUGGUGUCGAGCCAGCGCCCUGUCAGCACCACCACCACUUCUUCCAGAAACUUCUUCUCUACAUUCCUGCCACAGGGCAGACGCACUCCGGGUAAAGUGCCUCAGUUCACCACCGGGUCCUCGCCAAGCCAGUUAGCAGUGGGCAGGAAGGACCCACCGACCAACCUGCCUGCAAAGUGCAAAGAGGCGGUCCAAGCUAAGGAGGUGAAGCCAGUUUCCAGUCAGGCAUCAACCAGUGAACCUGCAAGCUCCCAGUCCCAACAGUUAACAAACCAGUCAACAAAUCAGCCUACAAACCAGCCGUCACAUCCCAGACACAAGAGAAUUCAGGAACAUGAGAAAGAGAGGAAGGAGCUUUUCUCUAAACCACCAUCACAGACACCAGAGAAGAAGGGAGAUGCAGGAGAGGUAGAGCCUCUCGGCGAGGCCUCCAGCGAUUCUCUCGACUCCUGCUCAAACAGCAGGAGCUGCGGAGGAGCAGCGGAGGGAGGAGGUCUUUCAGUGGAACAGCCUUUCAUCAAACUCAGCCAGGAGGAAUACGGAGAACACCACUCCUCCAUCAUGCACUGCAGGGUCGACUGUUCUGGUCGCCGGGUUGCCAGUUUGGACGUAGAUGGAGUCAUCAAGGUGUGGUCAUUCAACCCCAUCAUGCAGACCAAAGCAACCAUCAUGUCCAAGUCUCCCCUGCUGUCUCUGGAGUGGGCCACCAAACCAGACAGACUGUUGUUACUAGGCAGCGGUGUUGGCACAGUGCGGCUGUAUGAUACGGACGCCAAGAAGAAUCUUUAUGAGAUGAACAUCGAUGAAACUCAUCCACGGAUCUUGUCUUUAGCCUGCAGUCCCAGUGGUUCGUCGUUUGUCUGCUCAGCUGCAGCUCUCAGUCGAUCCGGAAGUGUCGACUCUGCACCUCGACUCCCGAUACCGGUGUCUGGACAGCUGCUGCUCUGGGACACCAAGACUGUCAAACAACAGCUCCAAUUCUCUUUAGAACCUGAACCAGUAGCCAUUAACUGCACAGCCUUCAACCACAAUGGAAACCUGCUGGUGACCGGAGCUGCUGACGGAGUCAUCAGACUGUUUGAUAUGCAGCGGUACGAGAGCGCUAUGAGCUGGAGAGCUCACGACGGAGAAGUUUAUAGUGUAGAGUUCAGCUACGAUGAAAACACCGUCUUCAGCAUCGGAGAAGAUGGCAAGUUCAUCCAGUGGAACAUCCAUCGGUGUGGGGUGAAGCAGUCGGAUCAGGUUUUACCUCAGGACGCCACCGGGCCCUUCAUCCUGUCAGGAUACAGCGGAUACAAACAGGUUCAGGUUCCUCGAGGUCGACUCUUUGCCUUCGACUCUGAAGGCCAACACGUCCUGACCUGUUCCAGCACCGGAGGACUCAUAUACAGAUUGACCAAUGGGGAGCCGGCUCUGGAGAGUGUACUGUCACUGGGUGGGCACAAAGCGCCAGUGGUGACAGUUGAUUGGUGCUCGGCGGUGGACUGUGGCACCUGCCUGACCGCCUCCAUGGACGGGAAGAUUAAACUGAGCACGCUCCUGGCACAGAAGUCCUGAGUGAUGACCUGAUACACCUGAGGGGUCAGAGGGUUUAUAAUCAACUGAUUCACUUUGCUCAGUCACUGAUGAAGAUUAUUCCAUAAUCUGAUAAAUACAGGAUCAUCUCUUCCAUGAUGUGAAAACUCACCAACCUGUUAUUAAUUCAUAUUAACAUUAAAAUCCCACUGAAAGUUCAA